AUGUCAGAGGCAACCCGAUCGGACCCGUUGCGCUUCGCUGCCUUCAUCGACCUGGCCACUGCCAUCACCAUGCCCGUGACGCUCGUGUAUCUGGCGUAUCUGAUCUACACGGUGGGCAACCAGAAGCUUGGCACGACGGCGAUUCCGCAGGGCAAGUGGUCUGACUAUGACUAG